AUGAAAAACAUACUAAAAAUAUCAAAAGAAGUUCAAAAUGCUAUAAGACUAAAAAGACCAAUUGUAUCAUUAGAAUCAACAAUUAUAUCUCGUGGUUUACCUUAUCCUCAAAAUCUAGAAAUGGCAAGAUCAGUUGAAUCCAUACUAAGAGAUCAAGAUGUUGUUCCAGCUACUACUGCAUUUAUAAAAGGUAUACCUCAUAUAGGUCUAAGUGAUUCACAACUUUCCGAAUUUGCAGAAACUCCUCAAGAUCAAAUUCACAAAGUAUCAAGAAGAGAUAUGGGGUAUGUAAUGGCUAACAAUUUAAAUGGUGGUACAACGGUUUCUCAAACUAUGAUUUUAUCCAAUAUGGUAGGUAUAAAUUUUUUUGCAACAGGUGGAUUAGGAGGUGUUCACCGAGAUUUACCAGGUCAAUUUAAUAUGGACAUAUCAGCAGAUUUAACAGAAUUAGGUAGAACUCCAGUAAGUGUAAUUUGUGCUGGUCCAAAAUCAAUAUUAGAUAUUCCCAAAACAUUAGAAUUUUUAGAAACUCAAGGUGUAUUUGUAGGAACAUAUAAUGAAGAUCAUUUACCACCACAGAAGUUAUAUUUACCGGGAUUUUAUUGUAGAGAAUCUUCAACAUUAUCACCUUUUGGAUUUUCAAAUUUUAAGGAAGCUGCUAAUAUUACUUUUAAUCAAAAUUUAAUGAAUUUACAAAGUGGUAAUGUCUUUUGUAUUCCACCACCAAAAGAAACAGCAUUGAAUAGUGAGUUUAUAAAUAAAAUCAUUGAUGAAGCUAAUGAAGAAGCUAGAAUUAAAGGUAUAUCUGGUAAAAAAUUAACUCCUUUUUUACUUAAUGAAAUAGCUAUUAGAACUAAAGGUAAAUCUGUUGAUUGUAAUAUUAGUUUGGUUAAAAAUAAUGCUAGUGCUGCUGCUGAAAUUGCUAAAGAAUAUCAUAAAUUAGAAAAUCAAAGUCAAACUCCAGUUUCAAGCCUUACAAAUAUAGAUAUUAAAGACUUAAAACCAAAACAAUCACCAGCUACAACUUCGUCUAAAAUCGAUUUAUUAGUAGUUGGAUCAGUUGCAUUAGAUACAAUAGCAUCAAUAAAAACACAAACAAAAUUUAAAGAUUCAAAUAUAGGUACAAUAACAAAUUCAAUUGGAGGAGUAGGUUAUAAUAUUGCAUUAGCAAGUAAAUACGUCAACUCCAACACUAUAAAGUUUAUUUCUAGAGUAGGUGAUGAUUUUGCUGGAAAAUUAAUAUCAAACAACAUUGACAUAAAUUCAAAUUUAAGUAUAGGGGAUGGAAAUACUGCUCAAUAUGUAUGUACUCAUGACUCGAAAGGUGAAUUAAUUAUAGCUUGUGCUGAUAUGUCAAUAAUCGAAGAACCGGAAUUUGGUGAAGAUGUUGUACAAGAAAUAGAGAAGACUGAACCAAAAGUUGUUGUAUUAGACUGCAAUUUAUCAUCACAAACAAUAAAUCAAGUACUAAAUUAUCCAUAUAAAUUACAACCAAAUUUCAUUAUUGAGCCAACAUCAUAUAUAAAAUCAACAAGACUUUCUCAAACUAAUUUAAAAGUAUUCCCACAUAAUCAAAUAAAAUUAAUAACACCAACAAUAGAAGAAUUAAAUACUUUAUUUGAAUCAUUCACAACUGCUCAAAAAUUUGAAUUAGAUUAUUGGUUCCCCGUAUUAGAUUCAAUGAAUAUCAACAGUACAUUUAGGGAGAAACUUGCAAGUAUUAAAGAAUUAAAAGAUUUACAUCAAAAAGGUAUAUUUCAACAAUGUUUCCAUUUAUUACCGUUUUUCCAAAAUAUUUUAGUGAAAUUAGGAUCAAAAGGUUGCUUAUUAGUUAGUUUGGUUAUAAAUCAUUCAGAUUUAAAAAGUAUUCCAACUACUUCAACUUAUAAACCCAGUAGAGUUGUUAUCAAUGAUUAUAAUAGUAGAAUCGGAGUAUUAAUAGAAUAUUUCCCAAUACCAAAAGAAAAUGAAAAUUUACAAAUUAAAAACGUAACUGGUGCUGGUGAUACAUUAGUUGGUUAUUUAUCUUCAAAAUUAUCAUCAACAAGUAAUAAAAAUGAAAAUUGGCUUAAUUGUGAAAUAAAUUCAAUAGAACAAGUUUGGUCCAAAUGGGAAACAAUAUAUAAAUCUCAAUUAGCUAGUGGAUUGAGUUUAACUAGUGAGAAAUCAGUUAAUGAAAAAAUAGGUGAUAUAUAA